CCCCUCCCCCGCGCUCCGGCUCCCGCAUCUCUCCAUCCAAGUCUGUGCCGCAGCCGCAUCGCCACCGCAGCCCCGGCAGAGCCGAGCCCGGCCCAGGCCCCUGCCCCUGUCCUGCCCUCGGCCCGUCGCUCCCGUUCCGUCUCCGCCCGCGGGCCCCUACCCCUGGUUCCGGCCCCUCCUCCGAAGCCCCCAGACCCCGGCCUCCAGCGCCAAAGCAGAAGGCGGGGAGCAACAGCAGAGGCAGGAGGACGAGGAGGAGGAGGAGGAGGAGCCGUCGCAGGAUGAAGGAUCGGACUCAGGAGCUGCGGAGUGCAAAAGACAGUGAUGAUGAGGAAGAGGUGGUUCAUGUGGAUCGGGACCACUUUAUGGAUGAGUUCUUUGAACAGGUGGAAGAGAUCCGGGGCUGCAUCGAGAAGCUGUCAGAGGAUGUAGAGCAAGUGAAAAAACAGCAUAGUGCCAUCCUGGCCGCCCCCAACCCAGAUGAGAAGACCAAACAGGAGCUGGAGGACCUCACUGCAGACAUCAAGAAGACGGCCAACAAGGUUCGGUCCAAAUUGAAAGCCAUUGAGCAAAGCAUUGAACAGGAGGAGGGGCUGAACCGUUCCUCUGCAGACCUACGCAUCCGCAAGACCCAGCACUCCACCCUCUCCCGGAAAUUUGUGGAAGUAAUGACCGAAUAUAACGCGACUCAGUCCAAGUACCGAGACCGCUGCAAGGACCGGAUCCAGCGGCAGCUGGAGAUCACUGGAAGGACCACGACCAAUGAAGAACUAGAAGACAUGCUGGAGAGUGGGAAGUUGGCUAUCUUCACUGAUGAUAUCAAAAUGGACUCACAGAUGACGAAGCAGGCACUGAAUGAAAUUGAGACGAGGCACAACGAGAUUAUCAAACUGGAAACCAGCAUCCGAGAGUUGCAUGACAUGUUUGUGGACAUGGCCAUGCUCGUGGAAAGCCAGGGUGAGAUGAUUGACCGCAUUGAGUACAACGUGGAACAUUCUGUGGACUAUGUGGAGCGAGCUGUGUCCGACACCAAGAAAGCUGUGAAAUACCAGAGCAAGGCCCGGAGGAAGAAAAUCAUGAUCAUCAUUUGCUGUGUGGUGCUGGGGGUGGUCUUGGCGUCAUCCAUUGGGGGGACACUGGGCUUGUAGGCCCCCCCACCCCUAUCUUUCCCAGACCCUUUCCCCACCACAUUGGGAGCAAUACCCCCAUCACCCCUUCCACUCCAUCCCCUGCUCCAGGCUCAGCCUCAAGACAGAUCCAGGCAGCCCCCUUUUAGCCCCCUCAUCAGACCCUGGAGUCCCUGGAUCUCGCUGUGCCAUGGACCACCCCCCUGCACGUAGAUAGCAGCAGGCGUGAUUACACAUGCACACCAACAUGCAUGCCACCGGCACGUGCCCGAGACGUAUGGACACCCCAGCAUGUAUGCGUGUACAUGUGUAGAUGUGUGUAAAAGCACCGAGUCACCCUUCUUGCCUUCCACCUCAAGUCUGUUUGUGGUCUGAGCUUCUCUCCUUCACAUGGGUUGUUGUGUAGCCCACCCAGCCCCACUCUGUCCUCUGUGAAUAGGUGUGCGUAUGUGUAUGUGGCCACAGAUAUGAAGACACACGAUUUGUGUACAUGGAAUUUUGUGUUUGUUCAAAUCCCAUUCAACAGCAUUUCUUCCACUAGCACCCUCUCACCACUGUCACUGCAGAUGGGGUGGGUUGUGUGUGAACAGAUGCCUACACUCACAUUCCCAGAGGAUCCAGGUAGGCCCAAAUACACAUAGGCGGUGGCAGACAUUCAGGCACAAUGUAGAGCAAACUCUACUAGGUUAAAUUACCCCAGGGGCUAGCAAGUGUCCCUGGAAGUGUGUGUGUGUGUGUGCACACUCAAGUGUGCUGAGCCUGUGCAGUUCAGCCAAGGCGAAUGAAAACAUUCAUGUGUAAAUAACCUAG